AUGGGCUGUGCGGAGCAAAUAAAGCAUCGAUAUGCAAUCACAAGGCUGGUCCCCAUUCUUUUAUGGAUAAGAGAUUACCGACCACCAGAUAUCAUUCGGGAUCUGAUCGCCGGAUUUACAAUCGGUCUGAUGGUUACACCCCAAUGUCUUGCCUAUGCCAAUAUGGCAGGCUUGCCAGUCGUUUACGGUCUUUACUCGUCAUUCUUUGGAAUCAUGUGGUAUGCUGUCUUUGGAACAUCGAAGGACAUCUCUGUAGGACCCACAGCAAUCGUUUCAGUUUUAACAGCAACGUUCGCUGCGCGACCAGAUACUUGGCCGAUGCCAGAUGAUCCAGUUUGGCAUUCUGGAGACCAGACAAGUUAUGCUGAACUAUGUGUUUUUCUUGCAUUAAUGUCUGGCGUGGUUUUGAUGGCCCUUGGUUUAUUACAGUUAGGUUUCUUGGUCCAUUUUGUAUCCCAUUCAGUAAUCAUCGGUUUCGUGAACGCUUCAGCGAUAUCAAUCACGCUUGGUCAAGUUGGAAAGGUAUUUGGCGUAAAAGGUCACGGCACAGGAUUUUUCGCCCACGGAACUAUUGGAAAGUUCUUGAACAGCUGCAAAGAAAUGAGUCUUGGUCACACUAACUGGAUCGAUUAUACUCGUCGUCAUUUUGGAAUGAUCAUCGCGUUUUGCACGGAAAGUGAAGAAGCAGUUAAUAAUUUUCUUGAAAAUGGGUGCCAUCCUGGUACGGAGGGUUGUACUUCAGCAACAUUGACGAAUAUACAAAAUGCGCAUGGACCUGACUGGGGACCACCGACACUCUCUUUCGAUUAUGAAUACAAAUGCUCUGAUGAGGCGAAUGCGGGACUUGAUGUUUGUUCCUCAGGUAACUCAACUGACUUACAGAUCUUCCACGUGGACACUGGAAUGAUGAUGGCUCAGGCAAGUGCUGGAAUCAUUAUUAUUCCUAUCGUUGCUUACCUUGAAUCUUUGUCAAUCGCUACCGGCUUCGCCAAAGCAAAUGGAUAUACAGUUGAUGGAAAUCAAGAAUUUAUCGCAAUCGGCGCAGCAAAUUUAGCGAACUCAUUUUGUAGCGGUUUUCCUAUCACUGGAAGCUUUUCAAGAUCGGCUGUGAAUUUCCAAGCAAACGCUGCGAGUUCUUUAUCGGGCGUUUUCGUUGGCGGCAUUGUUCUCACUGCGACUUACCUUCUCGCUGACCUUUUCCUUUAUGUUCCUGCAGCUUUACUUGGGGCGGUUAUAAUGGUCUCCGCUGCUUCCAUGUUUAACACACACGCCGUUGAAAUGUGCUGGAAGACUUCGAAGAUUGAUUUAUUGCCGCUGGCGAUUUCAUUUUUAUUUGCGCUUUACGAGUCCUACUAUGGAAUCCUUUUAGGAAUCAUUAUUCAUAUUCUCAUUCUCGCUUGCAAAUACUCCGAUCCUACAAAAGAGAGGAUUUAUGGAGAAGAAGCCUACUUAAAACUCAAUGGCAAUGUCCUCUAUCCUGGUCAAAAUGUUAUCAUAAGUAAGCUGGUGAAAAUGGCUUGCUCCGGGGCAAGAAUGAUUACGAUCGUAUUGGGAUCUUAG